UUUAUUUCGAUGUAGAGGGCGCCAGCUCACAUCAUUGAUCUGGCAGGUGGUCUUUGCAUCUGGAUUUUUCUAUAAAAAGUUUGGUUAUAUUUUUAAAUAAAGUACCAGUGCCAAGUAAUCCUAGUUUGUGUUAAAAUGGUGCUGUCUCGACUAAAUCCCAUCGUGAAGCAACGUGUGUUACGAAAUCACCAAAAUUUGGUCAGUUUGGGCCCCAUCAGAACAAGAGUUUACUCAAAAACAGGCGGUCUGCUACCCGAGCCCCACAGGACCUCAUUUGGAAUCAUUCGUUUAAUCUUGACUGUAGUACCAGGUUUGUUAAUUGGAGCUGCAAUUAGUAAAAGUAUUGCCAAUUUUCUCGAAGAAAAUGAUUUAUUUGUCCCAUCAGAUGAUGACGAUGAUGAUGACUAAUUAGAUCCUCUUACUUAGAAAUAAAACUCAGUGCUUGUUAAAACCUAUUUAUUUAUCUAGAUUGUUCAAUAAGUUAGUGUAACAUGUAUAAUAAAGUUAGUAGAAUGUCCACAGUUGAGCUCCGUCUCUGUUAAUACUGUGAUUUUUUUUUAAAUAAAUUUUGGCACGUUA